CGCUACAUUCCGUUUUUCCGGCCCCGGUCCUGUUUUUAUAAGAGAGCACCACACGGCCCCCUCUUGGUCAGACUGUCUCCCUGUCUAGAUGAGAAUUGUUUUUCAGAACCCUCAUCCGGGUCUCCCUAACCUUCCCUACCCAUUUCCCAGAGGUUGCUACCCCAUCGUACCCCCAAUUGACCACCACCAACCGACAUUCCUUUCUCUUGGUACAGGAAAGGAGGAGUGAGAAGGAAGGAGGAGCAAAGGAGACAGGAGAAGGAAAAAAAAUCCAGGAAGGAGACAAGGCUCCAAGGAUGGUAAGAAUAAAGGAAAAGGAGACGGCUGGAGAAGGAAGGGAAAAGGAAGGAGGAGAAGGUGAAGGGGAAGUAAGGCUAAAAGGGAGCAAGAGAGUGGAAGCUGAUACAGGAAAGAGGGGAGCGGAGUGUGGAGAACCAUCUCAAUUGAGGGAAGAGGUGGAGGAAGGGCAGGUAAGUAUGGUGGAAAAGGCUCAAAAGGACAGGAAGAGGAAAUGGUGGAGGAAUUAUAUGAUCAUGAUGCUGCAGGAUGAUGACCUGCCAGUGAACUCCACAUGGGAUGUGAGAUUUGAGAGGAUGCUCCUCUCAAAGCCGGUGAUGAGUUCAAAACACUCAGAUAACUUGCAAAAGAUGAUGGAGCUGCACGAGAUGUUGGAUGAAAAGUGCACCGGGCUCUUCGAAGAUUACGCAGAGGUUGCCAGGAAGAUGGGGGAGAUGGAAAGGGAAGAUGGAAUGAAAGAGGUUGGGAAAGACCUAGACACAAUAGGGAAAGGACUCCCGGCAGACCUCAAGGGCAGCACUGAACUCUUCACUCAAGGGUUAUUGGAUUACAUCCCUGGGCACUUGAAGGAGAUGAGCAGGCUAAGAAAGAAGGAAGAAGAGAGGGAUACCCAGGUGGCAAAUUUGAUAGGAGACAUGGAAGGGAUGAGGAAGGAAGUGGAGGAGUUGAAGAAGGGAAAAGAGGAGUUGCAGAAACAAGUGAGCACCUUGAGGGCCGCCCUGACUAUGAAAAGCAGAGAAUUGGAGGAUGAAGCGACUGUAAGAGGAAGGGUAGAAAAAAAGGUGGAAGGUCUGUGCUCUGAGGUCAGUGUGCAAGGAUUGGACCUGGACACUGAAAUCUCAGAAAGAAAGAAGUUGGGACAGGAGUGAGAUAAAAUAUGGGGUGAGAUAUUGAAAGGAAUGGAAGGACUCAAAUUGAGCCAUCAGGGGAAAGAAAGGGAAACCGCAAAGAUGGUGGAGUGCAAAGAGGGUGAAGAAGAAGAGCUACAGACUGAGGAAAGAAGAGAGGAGCCUCCUGCACCAGAAAGGGAGGAAAGUGAGAGUGUGGUCAUUCCCCUGUCAAGACAGGGCAAGAGGCAAAGGGAAUCUGAAUUGGGCUCACCAGAAGGAAUUGAGGGUAGGGCUGAGACUUCAACCCAGCCAGACAUAAAGAAGAUAAAGCCCAAUUGGUUGG